CGAUUAGAAACCCUCGAUUCGUCUUUUAGGAAAAUGUCUGGAUAUCCACACGCGCCUCCAGGUCACGGCUACGGCUACGGUGCGCCGCCGCCGGCGCAGCCUUACUCUGCAACUCCAUAUGGUGCGCCGGCGCCACAAGGCUACCAACCGUACGCCCCCGUGGCCACACCCUAUGGUGCUCCAUCGGCGCCGUACGCAGCCCCAGGAGAGAAACCCCCUAAGGAGAACAAGCCCCACGGAGGCUCCAGCCACCAACCUCCGCCAUCGUCCAUGGGAGGGUAUCCGCCUUCGGCGCCGGGGUUCGGAAGUCCCUUCGCGUUGCUUGUGCCGUCGGCUUUUCCUCCGGGGACGGACCCCAACGUGGUGGCAUGCUUCCAGAUGGCGGACCAGGACGGUAGUGGGUUCAUCGACGAUAAGGAGUUGCAGGGGGCUUUGUCUUCUUACAAUCAGAGGUUCAGCCUCCGAACUGUUCAUCUUCUCAUGUAUCUCUUCACCAACAGUAACGCCCGAAAGAUCGGCCCCAAGGAAUUCACAGCUGUGUUUUACAGUCUUCAGAAUUGGAGGGCGAUAUUUGAGAAUUUUGACAGGGACCGUAGUGGGAAAAUCGAAGCUGGGGAGCUGAGAGAGGCACUGAUGAGCCUAGGAUUUGCUGUUUCGCCAGUGGUUUUGGAUUUGCUGCUUUCCAAGUUUGAUAAGAGUGGAGGCAGAAACAAGGCUAUUGAAUAUGAUAAUUUUAUUGAGUGCUGUCUCACGGUAAAGGGGCUGACAGAGAAAUUCAAGGAGAAGGAUAGCUCGUUCUCUGGUUCCGCAACCUUCAGUUAUGAGAAUUUUAUGCUCACCGUCUUGCCAUUUCUUAUUGCUUAGUAACAUCACAUGUAAACUAUGGUCUAUGGUUUUUAGUUU